AUGCCUGCUCCGACCAUCCCCGGUCAAAAUCUGUCAACUCGAUCCUAUGAGCCUAUGAUUGCAUCGUCAACGCCUGUAGAGUUGCCAGAUUUGAAGACGCUGGUGAUGUCUCUCUCCAACAUGAGACAGCUGUUCAAGCACUAUCUCGAUCGAAACUCUUUCAAGGGAUUGAGGGAUCUAUGUGCCCAGUCAAUGGGCAUAUAUGCUCUUCUUCGAUCGGACGAUUAG